AUGGCCGUCGUCUACCUUUCAGCUCGCCGCCCCGCCGGGAGGUCACUCCCUGACCUCCCACCAGCGCUGUUGGGGAGACUCUCAAAAAUCGAGAUGCGGGCACCCUGCGUGAUUCUCACGACUCUUGGCGUCAUAAUUGCCACUGCCGCGUUCGGGGCUUGCUUCGUCCACCGUUCUUCUUCCCUUCAGAGUCCUGGAACUCCCCCGACCAUCUCUGCUACGUCUGGGCGGCCCGCCUUCAUCUCUGCCCUCGCCCCUUCGGCUUCGUUGCAGGGUCUCGUGCAAGACAUGCAAGGUGCCCACACACCGCAGAGGCGCCAUGCCUCGCCUUCGAGUUCUCUGUCUUCGUCAGGAUUUUCCACUGCUCCACAUUCUCACAGAGCGACGCGUAGCUGUACGCGCCAGUCUCGCUCUGCGACCCACGCUGCGCCUGAGGCUUCGGGCUCCUCUAGCGACCCCUUCGACGUCACGAUUAUUGGACUUGGAGUGGGUGGCCAUGCCGCCGCGCUGCAUGCAGCAGCCCUCGGCCUGAAGACAGCUGUCAUCAGCGGCGGUGACCCAGGCGGCACUUGCGUGAACAGAGGAUGCGUGCCCAGCAAAGCUCUCCUGGCUGCGGCGAGACGGGUGAAAAUGCUGCGGAACCAGCACCACCUUGCGGCCAUGGGGAUCGAGAUUGAAGGAGCUCAAAUUCGAGUUGAUCCUGCAGGCGUCGCGAAUCACGCCAAGGGAGUCGUGGAGAAGGUCCGUUCCGGUCUCGUCGGUUCUCUGGCGGCUCAUGGCAUCACUCUGUUCGAUGCCCGGGGCGUUAUGGACGGCGAUCCGGGCCGUGUCGUUCUGGAGAGGACACCUACCUCGCCCUCUUCUCUUCCCUCCUCCAUUUUCACCAAAAACGUUAUUCUUGCCCCCGGAUCCUUACCCUUUGUGCCGCCCGGUGUGACAUUCGACGACGCGCAGCAUCAGGUCAUGACAAGCGAUACCUGCGUCUCGCUUCCGUGGAUUCCAUCGGAAGUUUGCAUUGUAGGAAGUGGUUACAUAGGCCUCGAGUUCAUGGACGUCUUUUCGUCCCUCGGUUCCGAGGUCGUGAUGGUGGAAGCGGGUCCUCGGCUGCUUCCAGGUGUCGACAAAGAGAUUGCUAAACUGGCUGAGCGGCUGUUGCUUCAACAGUUCAAAGAACGCCCUGUGAAGCUGUAUACAGACACCUUGGCAAGCCAGGUACGCCCGCUGGGGCCACGAGGACAGUCCCCAGUCGAAGUGGAGCUGACCGACGCCAAGACGAAAGAGAAAAAGGGAAAGAUCUACCCCGACGCUUGCCUUAUUGCCACAGGAAGGAAGCCCAAUACACAGGGCUUGGGGUUGGAUUCAUUGGGAGUCACCUUAAGGCGCGGCGGCUUCAUCCCUGUCGACUCCUGCAUGCGCGUCAUCAAGCACGUUCCGGAAGGAGAUGAGAAGCCGGAGGUCAUCCAAGGUGUUUACUGCGUUGGGGAUGCAAACGGAGAAAUGAUGCUGGCUCACGCGGCUUCGGCGCAGGCCAUAGCGGCUGUUGAAACUAUUGCUGGUAGACCGAGAACAGUGAAUGUGAAACACAUUCCCGCGGCGUGCUUCACGUCCCCUGAAAUCGCCUUCGUUGGUGACACCGAGGAUGCGGCAUUGGAGCUGGGUGCGAAAGAGGGUUUUGAAGUCGGAAAGAGCAUAAGUCAUUUCCGUGCGAACACGAAGGCGAUUGCUGAAGGAGAGGGAGACGGUAUCCUGAAGGUUCUCUAUCGCAAGGACACGGGCAAGAUUCUCGGGUGCCACAUGAUCGGAAUCCACGCGAGUGACCUAAUCCAGGAAUGCACAACUGCCAUUGCCAACGGCAUUCCUAUUAGGGACCUCGCGUUUACAGUCCAUACGCACCCCACGUUGAGCGAGGUAGUUGACGCGGCGUGGAAGAAAGCCACGGGCAUGAACGCACACUAG